AUGUGGAAUGUUCCAUACAGGUCUAGAACAAGUCAUGUGCUACAGGUCUGGAUCAAGUCCAUCAAGAAUUUGAAGUUCAACACGGACAGCGUGCACACCUCGAAGAACUUCACUACUGACUCGUAUAAGCGUAAGGCUGGUUUGGUUGCAACCCAUAUCAAGGGCCUGAAAGCAGCCGACACCAACAUUGGUGCACCCUUCAGAUGCUUUAAUUCAAACAUUGUGCAUGCUGGGAGCAUAUGGGCAAAACUGCCAUGGGCGGGUCAGCCCGCACUGGUGGAGUUUGAUGUUGAAGUAAGCGUUGGCAAGGCGUGGGAACAAGCAAAAGAAGCGAGGCGGGAAGGCAAACGUGCGAAGGGUAAAUACAGGUGA